AUGAAGAUUCCAUUGAUCCCGAUUUUAGUUAUAUGCUUCUUUGGGGUUCUUUUCCUCCAAUGGCUCCUUCUUGACAACGCCCUCUCCAUUUCCAGAUCACGGAAACCACCAAGCCCUAACGUUCUUGAAGCAGCUUCUAAUGACACCGUUACAUGGAUGGAAGAAAUUGUGGAUAUCGGUGAAAAAAAUGGUGAAAAUCCACAGGUCAAGGGGGAGAAUCAGUUUCCGGAGUAUUUCAGGUUCAUUGAAGACGACCUCCGGCCAUGGAGGGAGAGAGGCGGCAUCACACAGGAGGCGCUCGCUAACGCGCGCGCGAUAGGAGCAUCGUUCCGUGUGCUUAUUGUGAAGGGCGAGCUCUUUGUGGAGCGCUAUGCGGGAUGCUACCAAACCCGAGCGCUCUUUACACUUUGGGGAAUCCUCCAACUCUUGCGCAGCUACCCUCCCUGCUCUGCUUCUUCUCCUCAUGCCGCUGAUGCAUCAAAUAGCAACAGAACAGCGAAGCACGGUGUACCAAUGACAGGUGUAACAUAUAACGUGACAUGGUGUGUGCCCGACGUGGAUCUGAUGUUUGAGUGCCGUGAUUGGCCGCUGGUGGAGACAGCAGUUCAUGCAGGUGCCACCCAUCCCCCUCUGUUGCUCAAGUACUGUAGCACGCCCCGGCACUUGGACGUGGUGUGGCCUGAUUGGUCCUUCUGGGGCUGGCCUGAAGUGCGAAUCAGGGAGUGGGACACAGCAAGGAAGCUGAUCAGAGAAGGCACAUGCUCGAUUCCCUGGAAAGACAGAAUCCCUCGUGCUCAGUGGAAGGGCGCCACCUGGGUCGCCCCGGACUUCAGAGGUCCUUUGGUCAACUGUAGCCGACAGAAGAGAGGGGAAGGAGGUGGAGAGGGCAAAGAGGGUGCUGGCGGAGGUGGUGGUAAAGAAGGUGGGGUGGUGGGGGAGGAUUCAAAAGGUCAGGGGAAUGAGGGGAAGGAGGCAGCGAUAGAUUGGGGAGUGGAUGCGUGGGAUACGAACUGGGUGCAUGAGAUUGCAGAGGAGGCUACACGAUUGGAAAAUCAGUGCAGGCACAGGUAUAAGGUGUAUGUGGAGGGGACUUCAUGGUCAUGCAGUCUGAAAUACAUCCUCGCUUGUGCUUCCACACCCAUAUUCAUCAAGACACGACACUAUGAUUUCUUUUCAAGAGGACUGCAUAAUGGCACACACUAUAUUGAAGUGCCUCUCCCACGCGAAGCCCCCAUAUGCACCAACCUCAAGAAAAUUGUUGAUUGGGGAAAUGAGCACCCCCAGGAAGCGAAGACAAUCGCAGCUGCUGCAUCAGACUUUGUGCAAGACAAGCUCUCAAUGGAAAAUGUGUACAAGUACAUGCUUGUGUUCUUGAAUCAAUAUGCCUUGUUGCAGCUGUUUGAUCCUUCCCAGUUGCUGCGCGAAGGCAUGAAGAUAGCAACUGCGGAUUCGCUAAAGAGAGAAGCACCGCCUGACUUCAAUAGUAAAGAAUUUCUCAGUACGCGCGCGGGCGAUGCGGGAGGGAAAGAGGCUAAGAAGGUUGCAGGGGCGAACGGACAAGCGGCGGCGACAAUGGCGGAGGAGAUGCUAGCGGAAUUCGUGGAGAAGAUGCGGAAACUGCACGAAGAGCUCGAGGAGGUGACGGACAAGGCGACCGAGGAGGUGCUGGAGGUGGAGCGCUCGUUUGUGUCACAACGCCGGAGGCCGCUGUACGAUAAGCGCAAGGCCGUGCUCGAUAAGAUCCCGCACUUCUGGCAGAACGUGCUGUGCAACUGCGGUGCCAUACGGCACAGCACGGUGGAGCAGGAUGUGAAGGUGUUGAACCACCUCACGAGUCUAGACGUGGAGGAAUGCAAAGAGGAGGGCGAUAUCGGUUACACCAUCACCAUGACGUUCAGCCCGAACCCGUUUUUCAGCAACGAGACACUCACACGGUCGCUGAUUAUGCAAGAUGAGCUCACGCUGCGCGUUACAGGCACACGAAUCAACUGGAAGGAGGGACAGGACUACACAGAAGGCAUCAAGGCAUAUGUGGACGAUGAGGAGGAGGAAGAGGAGGAGGGGGAAGAGGGCAAGGAGCAGCUCGUCAGUUUGUUCAGCUGGAUGGCAUUUGGGGACGAUGACCCCAUCUCUGUCGCGAAUGACGAUAUUGGGAAUGCCAUUCGGGAUGAUAUCUUCCCAAACCCCCUCAAGUACUACCACAAGGAGGGAGUGCGGCCACGAGAGGAGGUGGAGGAGGACGACGGGGAGCCUGAGUUUGGGUUUGAGUACAGCGGGGAUGAGGAGGAGGAGGGGGAGGAGGGAGAGGAGGGAGAGGAGGGUGACGACGACGAG